GCUGAAAAGGGGAAAGAGACACAAAGGCUGUCUCCUAAUGCAUAAAUGUUUUGUGUGACAUUUGCAUUAGUGCAUACAGAUUAAAUUUUGAAUCCUGGAAGUAUUGAUAUAUAGGAAAGUAAUUAGGUCUGCUACAGAAAAGAAAAACAUCAUGCCUGCCUUAUAUUUGUCUCUGUGUACAGAAGAUUUGUUUAUUCUCUGUAUCAAAUGAUCCCCCCCUAUUUUUUAUUGUAGCAUCUGCCAGCCUACUCUGUAUGAAAGCAAGACUCAACAAUCUGCAGUUUUUGGAGGAGAAAACUCCACUGGGGUGGGGGGCACACAUGAGUGGGUCCCCCCACCCCCACCAUGUUCCCUUCUCAAAAUGCCUGCUCCACCCCCACCUCUUUCCUGCUGACUGGCAUCCCUGGGCUGGAACCCUUGCACAUCUGGCUAUCCAUCCCCUUUGGCUCCAUGUAUUUGGUAGCUGUGGUGGGGAACAUGACCAUCCUAGCAGUGGUGAAAGUGGAACACAGCCUGCACCAACCCAUGUACCUCUUCCUAUGCAUGUUGGCUGUCAUUGACCUGAUCCUCUCCACCUCCACUAUGCCCAAGCUGCUGGGUAUCUUCUGGUUUGAUGACCGUGACAUUGGACUGGAUGCUUGCCUGACCCAGAUGUUUGUCAUUCAUUGCUUUGCCACUGUUGAGUCAGGCAUUUUCCUGGCCAUGGCUUUUGACCGCUAUGUGGCCAUCUGUGACCCACUGCGCCAUACCACUGUGCUCACUCAUGGCAUGGUGGGCCGCAUGGGACUGGCUGCUCUUUUGCGGGGGGUACUCUACAUUAGCCCCUUGCCUCUAAUGGUCCGUCUGAGACUCCCUCAUUAUCGAGCCCGGAUUAUUGCCCAUUCCUAUUGUGAGCAUAUGGCAGUGGUGACCCUGGCAUGUGGUGACACAAAAGUCAACAACCUUUAUGGCUUGAGCAUUGGCUUCUUUGUUCUCACCUUGGACUCACUGGCUAUUGCAGCCUCCUAUGUGAUGAUUUUCCGGGCUGUGAUAGGACUGUCCACCCCAGAGGCCAAGCUCAAGACCCUGGGGACAUGUGGGUCCCAUAUCUGUGCCAUUUUGAUCUUCUAUAUCCCUAUUGUAGUCUCUUCCCUUAUCCAUCGCUUUGGUCAUCAUGUGCCCCCCCAUAUUCAUAUCCUGCUGGCCAGUUUCUACCUCCUCAUCCCACCCAUCCUCAACCCCAUUGUCUAUGCUGUCCGUACUAAGCAAAUUCGUGAGAGGCUUCUACAAAUCCUUAAGGCAAGAGUUCAUUCCAGGUGAUUAUUCUAAUAAUAGAAUGCAUAGGAAUAAGAUCAUAUUUUGAGUGCAUUCUCCAACAGGAAAUUUGGAGAUGUAAUGCCCUUCCUUUUGACAAAAUGUUUAAUUAUCGUAAUCCUUUUGUUGUUGUUCAGUCCUGUCUGACUCUUCAUGAUUCCAUUUGGGGUUUUCUUGGC